GCGUGGGAGAUGUGGAGAUGCCGACUCCCCAAGACUGUGCGCUUCUUCCCAGGAUGAUUCUGCUCUGUUGUAUUCUUUACCCUCAGUUGAGACAUAGGGCCAGUCCUCUAUAGUUGAACAUCCGCUUUCUUGUGUAUAUUUUGACAGCUUUGCGAUGGUCUAUAUUCCACCCGAUUUUGAGGCUCCGAUAGUGCCUGAAUUAGACGAGGCUGAGCGGGAGUUGGAUGCUACAAUUUUAGCUGCUCUUCCCGAAGGCUGCAAGAUUGGAUCAAUUGUCGUACAUGGGGCAAGUCACUGGGCACUGAGCCACCGAAUUGACACCACCCUCCCCGAUGGAACUGAGAAGCCUUAUUUUCUGAAGGUCUUGAGUGGACAGCUUGGGAAGGAGAUGGCGAAAGGGGAAUAUGAAGGUGACAAAGCCAUGCACGCGGUCAUCCCGAACAACGUUCCUAAACCUCUCGCACAUGGCACUUACACCAAAGACCCAAACCGGCAUUUCUACCUCUGCGAGUUUCACGAAAUGGAUGACGAGAUGCCAUCCGCUCAGCAAUUCGUCGCCGUGGUCGCUGAAUUGCACAAGAAAUCUGUUUCUCCAACUGGAAAAUUCGGUUUCAGUUGUACAACUCACGCCGGAAAUCACCCUUUACAAAAUGAAUGGUGUGAUGUCUGGGAAGAAUUUUUCACCAGACAGUUGCGCGAGGAGGUUGAAUGGGAGAGAAGUGUCCAGGGCCAGGACAGUGAGAUGGACGAGUUGCUGGAAGCAAUGUUCAGCAAAGUCAUUCCAAGGCUGCUUAGGCCGUUGCAGACUGGUGGCCGGUCGAUCAAGCCCAGUUUGUGCCACGGGGACCUUUGGCACGGCAAUGUUGGCGUCGAUAUGGGAACAGAUGAGCCUAUUCUGUAUGACCCAUGCGCAACAUAUGCCCAUAAUGAGUAUGAUAUGACUUCGUGGCGGUCAGCACGUUAUAGGACAAAUCGACAUCACCAGACUGCUUAUCACAAAUUCAUCGAGAUCUCCGAGCCUAUCGAGGAUCGAGAUGACCGAAAUGCACUCUAUGCCUUGCGAAACAAUAUCACGGUUUCAGCGCAAUGGCAUGCCAAUAAGAGCACUAGGAAGCUGGCUAUCGAAGAGAUGCGCCGAUUAGUCGCAAAAUAUCCCGAUGGAAUCGAAGGCUUUAAGGAAUGAAUAUGGCUCCAUAGUCACGCGGCACGGUCAUGUGAUCUCCGAACGUCCAUACGUCCGAAGUGCAUAUAUUACCCCGCUCUGUUCUUAGAAAUCAAACAACCUUCACCCUCUAAUUUCACGUCUCACUCGUACUCUAUAAU